UAGGAUCUGGGUAGUCUGGCAUUACACCCAACAGGACAGUGCAAAGGACAAGCAGCCAGGAGUGGGGGGGGAAAACAACUAAAUCAAAGUCAUCUUAAACCUGCAGAAGAAUAUGAUGUGGCACUAGAUACCAAGAAAAUCAGCUUAUGUUACACUAACAUUUCUGAUCACUCUUGUGAAUACUGAGUUGAUAUUAUCACCGCUACCAGUCAAGCUCUGUCUUAAGUGUUGUUUUGUUUUUCCUGAAAGAACUCAGUUUCAGUAGAUCUGACUGGUAGGGCUCAGCUUUAGGGAGCGUUAUUUGUUUGGCCACUCUUCCUUGUAUUGAUUCUGGCAGCUAUUGGCUAACAGCCCCUGAGCUAAACCCUGUCAAGUUCAUCUCAGCGCACAGCACACAAGAACCAAAAAAAAAAAAGUCUCUUCAAACCAACACUUGAUCCAGGCUUUUCCUUUGGAGAAGAGAACAGGAAUAUGACUGCAGAGUCCCUUAACUUCGGUCCAGAAUGGCUCCGUGCACUAUCUCGAGGGGGGAGUGUGACAUCUCCUCCUCCAUCCCCCGCCAUGCCAAAGUCCAAGCUGGCCGACUACCGCUACGGCCGCGAGGAGAUGCUAGCACUUUAUAUCAAAGAUAAUAAGGUUCCAGAGCAGCUGCAGGAUAAGGAGUUUGCGCCCGUGCUGCAGGAGCAGCCUCUGCAGCCUCUAGCCCUGGUGCCCCUGACGGAGGAAGAGCAGAGGAACUUCUCCAUGUCCGUGAACAGCUCUGCUGUGCUGAGGCUCAUGGGAAAAGGGGGAGGGGCUGCCCCUGUGGGAGUGGCCCGAGGCCGAGGGACUGUUCGAGGAGGAAGAGGAAGGGGACGAGGAGAGGGCGGUUUCUACCAAAGAGGUCCAGAAGAAGGAGAGGUGGGCUUUGGCCGCAGCAGAGAGAUGCAUCGCAGCCAAAGCUGGGACGACAGAGGUGAGCGUCGCUUUGAGAAGCCCCUGCGGAGAGACGGGGUUCGGGUGGGCUUCGAGGAGGGCACCGCGGGCGCACGGAAGGACUUCUCGCGCUCUGACAGCGACAACUGGCGCACGCUGAGGGAGGAGGAGGAGGACGCCGCUGCUGCCGCCGCCGGCGCUGCCGCUGCUGAGCCAGGAGGAAGCUGGAGGACCGUGGGAGGCAGACGUGAUGAUGGGGGCCCGCGCUCAGCAGGGUGGCGUGACCACGUCAAGAAGUUCGACUUCCCUGAUGGCGGUCGCCGACGUACCGGAAGCGACGGAAUGGACGACGACCGGGACCUACCGGAGUGGUGCACUGACGAGGAGGAUGGAGAGAUGGGCACCUUCGACUCGUCCGGAGCCUUUAUGUGCAUCAAGAAGAGCUCGCGGGACCCCAUCCCCGAGGACCAGGAGCUGGAGUUUGAAGCUCUGGAGGACGAGAGGGGUCAGGAGCGGAGGGAGAGUGCCGGAGAGGGAGGUGAGGAGGCCGCCACCUCCGCUGCCGCCUCCGUCUAUCAGCCAUUCUUCAAUGAGCGUGAGAUGCUGACGGUCACUGAGGUGGAGAUGAUGAUGCCUGGGCCUUCAUCUUCCUCCUCCUCUUCCUCUCCCCCAGCCAUGCCUGCCCCCCCACCCUCGCUGACUCUGCUCCCUCCCACCAAUCCAGAGCCUGCACCCCCUGCUUCAGCACUGCCCAUAAACAGCACUCGGGAGCCUGCUGAAGAUGUAGUGCCACCAGGGGGCAGUGGUCAGCCGAGCACCGGCUCCUCUCACAGUGUCUCGUCUCCCCCUGCUUCUGGAGCUGCUGGAGCGGACCUCCCACCAGCAGGUGGAGACAACGAGGAGGAGGAGCGCAUGAAGCACUUGCAGCAAGAGGCAGAGAAGAUGGUGGCGUCCCUCCAGGACACCUCCCUGGAGGAGGAGCGCUUCACGCAGGCCCUGCAGGAGAGCCACGGCGUGGGGUCCAGCGCAGGGUCCGGUGCCGGCCCCACGCACGCCCACUCUCACACCCACCAGGCUGUGGCCGCCGCCGCCUCCUCCUCCACGCACCCGCACGGCCACUCCCACUCGGCCUCGUCGCACUCGCUGGCGCACCCGGCCAGCGCGCUCCCGCUCUCUCACGAGGCAGCCAUGAAGUGGUUCUACAAAGACCCCCAAGGAGAGAUCCAAGGCCCUUUCUCCACCGUGGAGAUGUGCGAGUGGUUCCAGGCGGGCUACUUCACCAUGACCCUGUUGGUAAAGCGGGGCUGUGACGAGGGCUUCCAGCCCCUGGGAGACGUGAUCAAGAUGUGGGGGCGCGUGCCUUUCUCCCCCGGGCCCUCCCCACCACCCCUGCUGAGCAACAUGGACCAGGAAGUGUUUAAGAAGCAGCUGGAGCAGGUGGCCACCGCUGCCCUGUAUCAGCAGCAGCUCCAGAUGCGCUACCAGCAUAUAAACAGCAACCGGUGUGGGGAGUCGAGCAUGAUGCCAGCUAUGAACAGGUCCAUGUCGGUCCCAGACAGCGGGUCUUUGUGGGAUAUGCAUACCUCAGCUUCACAGCAGUCAGCAGGCGGUGAAGCCAGUCUGUGGGACUUAACCAUGGGCAACUUACCUCAGGGGCUAACGCUGGAGCAGCUGCAACAGAAGCUUCAGCAGGAGCGUCGUGAAGCUGAACUCAGGGUUAAGAGGGAGGAGGAGGAGAGGAAACGGAGGGAAGAGAAGAGGAGGCAACAGGAGGAGCAGAAGAGGAGAGAAGAGGAGGAGCUUUUCCACCGCAAACAGCAGUGUCGUCAGCAGCAGGAGCUGAUCAUGAAGCUGCUCCAGCAGAGCCAGCAGCAGCAGCAGCAGCAGGUGGCGGGCGUGGGGGCCCAGUCCCAGGGGCCCUGCUGGAACUCAGCCCAGUCCAACCCGCUGGCCAAGCCCCCUAAGACUCCCCUCAACCUGCUGGAGAUGGAGGCCGAGCGGCUGCUCAAGCAGCAGCACAGGGUCCAGCAGCAGCAGCCUAGAGACCGGCAGUCGCAUGGUGGCCUGACGAUGGGCCAGUGGGGUGACGGUGGCGUGGGGGGCAUGUGGGGCGCGGGCAGCCUGGAGGGAAAGGCCAGUGGAGGGGGCAGCAGUGGAGGCAACUCUGGAGGAAUGGGCCUCUGGGACGAGGCUGUGAAGAACCAGAGCAGCCACCGUAGCAUGAGCCUCAAGAACAGCCACAGCAGCCCCUCACUCAGUGAGCAGUACAUGCUGCGGCGGAAGCACACGGAGGACGAGGAGAAGCUGCUGCGUCUGCUGCAGGGCAUGAAGCCGCAGCCUCAGGACGGCUUCACCACCUGGAGCGAGCAGAUGCUGCACGCGCUCAACACCUCCGCCAACAACUCCUCCUCCUCUCAGGAAGUGGCCACCAUCGUGGCAUAUCUUAAGGAGGUGGAGUCGCCUUACGAGGUGCACGACUUCAUCCGCGCCUACCUGGGGGACACGGUGGAAGCCAAAGAGUUUGCCAAGCAGUUCCUGGAGCGCCGUGCCAAACAGAAAGCUAACCAGCAGAGGCAACAGCAGCAGCAACAGCAGCAGCAGCUAUCAAAGGAGCUGUCUGGUCUAAACAUGAACUUCCCUCUGCAGUCCAUGUUCCAGGCAUCCCAUUCUGGAAAGGGCGGCGUGUACGACACCCAGGCGAGCAAGAUGAAGAAGAAGCCCAACAUGAUGAUCCACUCUGACCCCAGCAUUCUCGGCUACUCGUUCUUGGGUGCAGGGGAGCGAAUGAUCCUGGGCGAGAUGGAGACCGUGGAGGAUUACUAACCCAGCAGAACUUACCUGAGUCUACCGGAGGCCUUAAAAUCUGGACUGAACAGCAAGAAGAAUGUGCACUGCUCAGUGGAAGGGCACAGUGGGAGGGGCGGUCAACCUUUGUGUGUGUAUGUCCCCCCCCCCCCCCCCCAAGUCCCACUCCUUGAUCUCCACUGCCCUCAACCCCCCCUACCUUACAGUCUUUCCUCUGUGUCUUUCCCUCUCUUUCCUAUAACUAACCUUAAAGACUUGCCUUAUUUGUGUGUGUUCUGCCUGGGAGCAUGUGCAGCUAGGCUGGCUCACAGUGUGUGUUUAGCCAUUAGCACCUAGCCUAGCUUAGCGUCAGCCCUCAGUCUGCUAUCAGCGCUGUUAGCCACAGUUAGCUCAGGCUAGCGUGCUGGUGAAGUGGCUGAGGUUAUCACAGGGCAGGUAAGCCCCCCCCCCCCUCCACACACACACACACACACACACACACACACACACACACACACACCGGUUACACAUUAGAUUGUGGGUUUGCGGAAGUGGCAAACCUGGUGUGUCUUGAAGUUUGUGAAAGGCUAAAAUCAGUUUUUGUCCCUGUCUAUUGUUCCUGUUGUUUGUGUGUCGGUUGUGAAGCCCCAGCCCUCCUCUGAGCAGGAGUAAGAAGAGUAGGUUGGAGUGUGCAGUGAAGCUGCCAUGGCUCCUUCCACACUUCCUACACUAAGCACCUUAAGAACUUAACGCACUUUGUUACGUUUUUUCAAUUUCAAUAUUUGAAAUGGAAGUUUAUCUGAUUUUUCUUUUUUUUUUUUUUUCUUUGUUUUUUUUUCUCCUUUUUUUUUUACAAUGGAAACCGUGUGAAUAUUUUUCUGUUGCAUAUAUUAUGUGUAGAGUAUUCAUGUACACACACAUUUGUGUGAGUAUGUAUAUAUAUUAGAGAGGCACCAGAGGUAACUUCUGCUUUUUAGUCUCGGAAAGAUCAAGAUUGAGAACACAAAGUGAAUGGGAGUCUUUUUAUGAGUCGGCAGAAAAUUAAUUUGUUCUUGAAAGGAAAAAAAACACUGUUGUAUUUUUUCAUGUUCAUAUAAAAGGUAGAGCUAUAAAACAUGUUUUUUUUUUAACUUGAAAAUUUGCACUUGUUUAGAAAAACAAACAAAAGAACAGAAAAAGGUUAGCGUUAGCUUAAGGGUUUGAAAGAAUUAUUUUUAUGAUCACAAGUGUGAUUGCGAAUUUGAGUGUGUUGAAUGAAGAAUUCUGCACAAUUGUUUUUAUACCAACAUGUAUAAAAAAUGCCAUGUUUUUAUUUUGUUCGUAUGAUAAUUUUGUACUUCAUUGAGCAUAUAUACUGGUGUGUAUGCAAGUGUGUGUGCAAGUGAGAGUGCAUGUGGGAAUGUGUGAUUUUAGAGAAUGAGCGCGAAAAGAAUGUCUGCAAUCAUUUUGUACAUGGUUUCUGAAAGAGUGAAAUAAGAAAAAGGACAAAAAAACAAAUGAUUGAGGAAGGCAGUUGAAAAUUGUGCUGCCAGCACUAGGCCUGCGCCUCCGUAAAAGGGCUGGCUGAGGUAUUCACUCUCUUCUUUUGCCAUUGGUGCUGUGUUGCUCUCACUCUCUCCUCUGAUUGGACAGUUAAGAGUUUAGAGCCAAGUGAUUGGCUGCUGAAAUCUAAUAUUGCGUGUGUGUGUGUGUAUAACUGCUCUGUUUUUCUCUCUUUACAUCAUUAUAAAACUGCAUUACCUGCCUUCCACCCCCCUCCCUCCAAUGCCACUCACAGCGUGUCGCUGUGUUACUGCAUACUCUCACCCAGAGCUGGGGGUGGGGUGGGGGGGGCGCAUCUAGAUGUGAACUAUUUGCCUUUAACUCUGUUUGAGUGAGUUCUGAUUUCUAAUUGGCUGGUUUACACAGUCGUCAUGGCGCUGUGAUUCUGUGUGAUAGCAUUGCCGUGCUAAGUUACUUAUUUUUGUUGAUGUAUAGGACAAUUUAUUUUUUUAUUGUUGUAAACACAAAGUGAGAAAGUAUUUGAACUGUAUGAUUUGGAGCACUUUAAGGCUGCUACCUUAUUGUAUUUUUGAAUAUUGCAUUUUGUUUUGUCAUAUUUCUUGUUUUUAAUGAUUGUUUUUGUUUCUUAUUUUGUUUGUGUUUUGUUUAUGUCUAAUGUUUUAAUUGCUUGCCUCUGUGGGAAGUGAAUUAUGAAUGUAUGAGAAAAAAAGUAUCUAAUGUAUAACAUUAUGAUAAAACCAGACGUUUCAGCAAGAUGAAAACAUGUCUGGGAAGAAGAGCUUUUUUUUUGGGGAGGGGGGGGGUAUACUUACCUAAACAGAAUGAAAACUGAACAAGGAAAGUGCAUGGAUUCAGCACACUGCCUUGUCAUACUGUUCUUCCAAGAUCUCCUUGACUUUUUUUUUAUUUUUUAUCCUUCACAGAAGCUGAAGUUGAGCAUCUUUGAGUGACAUUUUCUGUCCUUUUACGAGACGACUUCUCAUAGAGUCGUGGCAGAUUGUAUGCAUGGACUACAGAGUAAACACAAAUAUGCUACAUCUUGAUGUCCCUUCCUCUCACCCAUGUGAUUCACUAAGGCCAAGGAGCUACAGUGUGCAUCGAUGAUGGAAACAAAAACAAGGAGAUAUCAAUUUUGUUCUUCACAUUUAUCAAUUGUUGGAAUGGGGGAUAUGCAUCUUUUAAUUUUUCAUGGACAUUGAAGAUAAGGGCAGUGGUCUUGCUGGUACUUGAUCUUCACAAGGACUAACCCAUUUGACUGCUUUGUGCAGUUUUCAGUUGUCAGAUCUUUUUGGUGUUGUUUUUUUUCCAGGAAGCAGAUAGAGGUUGGACAGUGGACUUCUUUUGCCUCUUAACUGCAGAGGAGUUGUCUCUAUAGAAGGCCAGGGUGAUAAUUUCAAACCAACUUCAGGCAGAAUACUAUCAGUUUUAGUUGAGGAAAUUGGAGAGGGGACUUUCUCCAAAAUUGAAGGGAAAACGUUCUUUCCUUCCACUCGUCUUUUUUUCCAUCAACUGAAUUUAUUUUGGCGCUCUUCUGACAUGGAACUGUAGGCAUGGUUUUGGUUUUGAAUAAAAUACGUAGAGAUAUAUUUUACCACAGAAGACGCCCCUGCUUAGAAUGAAGGAACCAUGCUUAGGAGUAAUUCUAAGCUACCAUGAAUGAACGAAUAUGGCUUUACAUUGGUCAUUGGACAAACAAAAAUAACUCUGAGUUGCUGUGGCUGUGAUGAUUUGCAGAUUUUUUUUUUUUUUUUUUUUUUUUCUUUUGAAUGUUUUGGAGAAAGUUUUGGGUUGUGGACAAUUACUAGAAACCCAUUUCUCCCUAUUUACUUUAAUUAACAUCUGUUAUAAAUGGACAGUUACCCAGUGAAAUCUGCCUCUGCUCAUUCCUGAGGAGGAUGGAGAAAGUGUUAAAUUCUGGAAAAUGAGAAAAAACCAGAAGAUGCCAAUCCCCUUAAAGGCCACAGAGAGGACAGCUGGUACUGAUGGACUCACCGCCUCACUCACUGGAGGAUCUGAUUGGCUAGCGUGCGGUUCACCUAACCAAUGGGAUGCACGAUAUAAGGAGAAUAUGGAUAUCAGCUGUGUUGAACAAGAGUUGGACUAAUUGGAUUCAGAGUUCACGGUUUUGGAGCAUUGUGUUGUGGUCAGAUCCUUCAAAGUGAAUGUGGACCAUUUUACAAACUGAACCUUUAGUGACUGUUGUGAUACAUUGAGACUCUCUCUCACACACACACAUGCACACACACAGAAGCACAUACACUGACAACAUCAUACACACUUACAAAGACCUGCUUAGGAGUCUUGAACUUGGCACAGGAUGCCCUGUAUAUAAUGUUUAUGCUUUUGUCUUCAUUGGCGACUUGGGUUUUGUUCUUUUUUUUUUUUUUUUAACAUGCCUUAAAUACACAAAAUAGAACUGCCAUAGAGAUGGUUGGGUUUCCAACACAGACUCACAUGUACAAAAACACUUUGGAAAUGCAAAUACCUAGACACCCAAGCUUACCAACGGGAAAUGUGAGGAUAUUGUAUGUCCAUGAUCUGGUCCCUCUGUGAUUGGGUGAACAAGAAUUGGUCUAUCAUAGUAGAGAUGGACUGUCAUUUCCCCAUAAAUGAGUCGAUGGAAAAUAUUCAGAGCUGCUGGGGGGGAAAUAAUGCCACAAUAUUGUGCUUGUGCAGUCGGAAUGUCACUGAAUUCUUUUUAAUUCUCUUUUUUGUGAAAUAUAUUAAUUAUUAACGUUGGCAUUUAUAUACUAAAGAAAAAAUAAAGACCACUACUGGAUGGGUCUCCCUCCUUUAGUCAAGAGUCCAUUAAAUUCCAUUUGUAAAUGAACAUGGUGAGAAUUAAGACAAGGGCAUAGGCUUUUUUUUUUUUCUUUGAAAAGAUACAAAAUGUUAAACAUAAAUAAACAUUGUUUUAAACGUUCA